UGACUGGUCAAAAGGAAUACAUGUUGGGUGAGCUUCAUUGAACUUUCCUCACCUCCUUCCUCUCCCUUUCCUUUUUUCCUCACUUUCAAUCCUAAGAGAUAAUAAAGAACUGAUAAAAAAACCAUCACAAGAAGAAGAUUGCUCUGAUUAAUUGUAGUAUAUAUCAGUCUUCUUCUUUCGAGGAUACGAUAUAGUAAUUUGUGUUCUUUCAAGUUAUCAUCUUUGUUCAUUGGGUGCUUCUUCCUUACUGGGGGCUGCAGCUCAGAAACCUCAGAAAAGGAAAAGAAAAAAGGCAAAAUCUUUGUUGGUAUUUAUCAAUGGCUGGAAUGCUUCCUGGUGUGGAGUGUGCACGAAGGAGACGGCUCCAUCUGAGCAGUGGCAUGUCGGAUUCACCAAGCCAUGGUGGGACAAGGCGGUCAUCUCUCUGUUUAUACACAAGCAGCCAUGAAACCCAUCAUUCCUCAACCUCACCAAUGAGGAAAAAAAGCUUAUUGAGCCAAGCAUCCCAGGAUGAGGAAUUGGAAAGUGGAGCUAGAGAGGCCAAGGAGAGAUUAGAUGGAAGGUUUAAAGCACAAAGAAAAUCUGAAACCAAUAGGAGAAACAACAAAGACAGAUUGGGGUCCAUGUUCCAAGACGAGUUGCCGACAGAGCUGUUGGGGUCAAAACAGAGCCGCUCAAAGAAGUUCAGUUGGGCCAAGUUUAGCUGGAAGGCCUUAGAUCAAAACAUCUGUGCUGCCUGCAUAUGAGAAGCUUGUUUUCUUUAUAGUUUUAUAUCUCAUUUGUGGUGAUGAUCACCAUUUUUGUGAGGUUUUUCUAGGAAUUAAUCCAAGUUUUUUUCUUCUUUGAUGUAAGUUCUUGAUUGGGAAAAGAUCCAAUAUUGUAAAAAACUAUCAAAGAUUAAACAAAAAUCCCUUCUUUUCCACUUUCCA